AUGGUGUCAAAACCUAAAUCUUGCCAAUUAGACCCAAUUCCAACAUGGCUGCUCAAAAGUUGUAUUGAUGUCCUUUUACCAACUAUAACAACCAUCAUAAAUGCAUCUUUGGAACAAGGAGUUUUUCCAACGAAAUGGAAAGAAUCUCUUCUGCGGCCUCUUAUCAAGAAAAUGUCAUUAGAUCGAGAUGAAUUUAAUAAUUUUAGGCCAAUCUCAAAUUUAGCAUUUCUCUCCAAAACACUCGAAAAGAUUGUUGCUUCCCAACUUGACACCUACUUAACAAAUCAUCAAUUAUAUGCCAAGAUGCAGUCAGCGUACAGAAUCCAUCACAGUACAGAGACAGCACUACUUAGAGUUGUGAAUGACGUAAUGAGGGGGAUUGAUGAUCAACAAGAAUGUGUUCUAGUGUUACUUGAUCUUUCAUCAGCAUUCGACACAAUUGAUCACGACAUUUUGCUUGACAGGCUGUGUAAUCGUUAUGGUCUUUCGGGGGUAGUUCUGGAUUGGCUAAAGUCUUACCUUUGUGAUCGCCCUCAGCGCGUGGUCGUAGAUAAUGUUUCUUCACGACCGUGUUUCGCUAGCUGUGGGGUUCCGCAAGGAUCUGUUUUGGGACCAUUGUUGUUCUCUUUGUACAUUGCUCCCCUCGAAGAUGUGAUCAUGUCCCAUGGAAUAGAUGCCAUGAUGUAUGCUGAUGAUUCUCAACUUUAUAUUUUUCUGAAUCGUAAUAACUGCAUUAUCGCAACUGAAAAGUUGGAAGCCUGUAUUGACGACGUUAUGAAUUGGAUCACUUGCAAUAUGCUUAUGGGCAAUCCAUCAAAGACGGAAGUAAUUCAUUUUUAUUCACGUUACAUGAAACCUGAUUGUCCUCUUCGUCCCAUCAAAGUAGGAGGGCAUGAUGUACAACCCGUAAACAAAGUAAAGGAUCUAGGAGUUACACUCGAUUCCUGCCUUACUUUCAAAGUGCAUAUUAAUAACAUAUGUCGUUCGGCUUCACAAUCAAUACAUCAAAUUGGCAAAAUAAGAAAAUAUCUUUCACGAAAGGACACCGAAAGUCUUGUUCAUGCUUUUAUUUCAUCCAAACUUGACUAUUGCAACGGCGUGCUCUACGGCCUUCCUUCUUGUGAAUUACAGAAGUUGCAAAGGCUACAAAACACUGCUGCCAGAUUAGUCGUCAGAGAAAGGAAAUCUGCGCAUAUAACACCGGUACUUUCUAAUCUCCACUGGCUUCCUGUGCAACAACGAGUGACUUUCAAACUCCUUUUGGUGACCUAUAAAGCUCUUAAUGGCAUUGCCCCUUCAUACAUCACCGAUCUACUUCGUCGUCAUAUCCCUGCCCGUACUUUGCGCUCCAGCAGUCAAAAUUUGUUAACUGUGCCUAGAGUGCGAACAGAGACAUAUGGCGAGAAGUCUUUUUCCUGCGCUGCUCCGAGACUCUGGAACAAUCUUCCUGACUCUAUUAAGCAAAGUCCAACUAUCGAUGAGUUUAAGGCAAAGUUGAAAACAUAUCUUUUUAGGAUAGCUUUUACUGAGUAACUGUUUUUAGAUUUUUAGAUUCUUGUUGUAAAAAGCAUUGAGACUCAUGUAUAA